AUGAGGAAGGCCAAAUGGAACGUCUUUCCUACAGCCUGGUGGCUGUGGGACACCAAGCCGGGAAAGUUGAGGAUUGUAACAAGGUUACUGGCAGAGCGACGACGGGAGAGCCGUGAGGAAGGGGUUAAGGAACUGCGACGACGGGAGAGCCGUGAGGAAGGGGUUAAGGAACUGCGACGACGGGAGAGCCGUGAGGAAGGGGUUAAGGAACUGCGACGACGGGAGAGCCGUGAGGAAGGGGUUAAGGAACUGCGACGACGGGAGAGCCGUGAGGAAGGGGUUAAGGAACUACACCAAAGGUGCCUGGAGGACACAAGAGAGGGGGACAUGAUCACACACAAGACACUGAGGAAAGUAGAUAAGGUGGAGAAGACUCGCCUCCAAGUUGAGAACAAACAGGACCCGAUGACCUCACUAGCCGCAGCACAUGUAAAGGAGUAAGAAAUUUCAGUAAAUAUUGGUAUUAGUUGUGGAAGUGUCCAUCCACAACUUUGA